GCCAAUAAGAGCGGGUGGAGGAUGUGACGUAGUCGGAAACAUGGGACGGACGAUCGGGGAAGUUCGAUAAGCACCAAGCGUAACCAGUACGUUCGUGCUAGUGACAAGAAUAGGAGGCAAAGAUGUCGGAGCGAAAAGUUUUAAACAAAUACUACCCGCCUGACUUCGACCCAUCGAAGAUCCCCAAGCUCAAGCUGCCCAAAGACCGGCAGUACGUGGUGCGGCUGAUGGCCCCCUUCAACAUGAGGUGUAAGACAUGUGGAGAGUACAUCUACAAGGGCAAGAAGUUCAACGCUCGCAAAGAGACGGUGCAGAACGAGGCCUACCUGGGCCUGCCCAUCUUCCGCUUCUACAUCAAGUGCACGCGCUGCCUGGCAGAGAUCACCUUCAAGACAGACCCUGAAAACACAGACUACACCAUGGAGCACGGAGCCACGCGGAACUUCCAGGCCGAGAAGCUCCUGGAGGAGGAAGAGAAGAGGGUACAGAAAGAGCGGGAGGACGAAGAGCUGAACAACCCCAUGAAGGUGCUGGAGAACAGAACCAAGGACUCCAAGCUGGAGAUGGAGGUGCUGGAGAACCUGCAGGAGCUCAAGGACCUGAACCAGCGGCAGGCGCACGUGGACUUCGAGGCCAUGCUGCGGCAGCACCGCCUGUCGGAGGAGGAGCGGCAGAAGCAGGAGCAGGAGGAGGACGAGAGGGAGGCGGCCACCUUAGUGGAAGAAUCUAGGAAACGAAGACUCCUGGAAGACUCUGAUUCAGACGAGGGUGAUCCUCCCUGCCAGCCCCGGCCGGCUGUCCGGCCCAACCCCACUGCCAUCCUGGACGAGGCCCCAAAAGCCAAGAAGAAGGCAGAGAGCUGGGAGCGCAGCGUGGGCACCCUUGGUAGCAGGCCCCAGCUGUCGGGCCUGGUCGUGGUGAAGAAAACAGACCUGGACUGCAGCAUCGAGUGCGGUGGGGCCCCACCUGCCCAAGGCGCCACAGAGAAUGGGCAGGUGGCUGACCCUGCUCCCCGGAUGCCCGGCACCUCCUCCCUGAGCCAGCUGGGUGUGUAUUCGGACAGCGAGGACAGCAACAGCAGCAACUGAGCCCUGCCCCCGGCCCUUCCUGGGGUCAAGGUCACACAUCCAGCUCCAGACGGUGGUCAGUGGUCGGGCAGGAGGCCUUGGGACCAACUGGAGUUACGACCAGACAAACACGAAUGUCUUCCGAGGCCGGUGGGGCCAGCGAGAGCUUCCGCCAAAGGACUCAGUGUCUCUCCUGUCCCCCCUCCCUCCCGCUCUCUGGAGCUCGGGGUCCGCAGCUCACACCACAGCAUCCCUGGAACAGCUUCCAGCAGGCCUUGGAGGUAGUCUCUCGGACAGUCCUUGAGUUGUCAGAGGUGUUUUGUGCACGUGGAUGAGCCCUCCCACCCCAACUGGCUCUAUCCCUUCCCACCACAGAACCAUCUGGAACCAGUGAAAGGAACCUGCUGAUCUGGCCUGGGCACCUUGUCUGUGCCAGCAUCUGAGGAGGGGCUGCAGACCCACGCGACCCAGCCAGUCCCUGACUCCUGACUCUCAGAAAAGACGAGAUAAUAAAUGCUGUCUAGCACA